CGAACAUGUUCACAACUACCUCCUGUGUCCCAACAGCCCUUACAAGCCUGCAGUCGCUGCCGGUAGAAGUGCUAAGGAAUAUCGCUCUUUACCUACCCUCUAGCGCAGCCCUUGCGUUCACUCUUACCUGCCGCUCUAUUCAUACCGCGUGCGAUGAUUGGGCUACAUGGAAAGCUCUUCUUGCUGCCCAACCCACACUAGCGCAUUCUUACCGCACUAUCUUGUCUUCGCGUCCUGCGUUGGAGACGUGGAAGCGCUACAUCGUGGCUGAUGCUUUAGCUUGUGAGCGCCGACCACUUAACAGGAAAGAUGUGGAGCGCUGGCUACCACACUUGAUUGCUAUGCACCAUCCUGUCUUCCAGUCCGCAGAUACGGUUGUCCUCCACCAGCUGUGCGAUGUCAUCUGCAGCGCUUCUGUUCCCACUGACGCUGCUGUGGGCGACUGCACCGAAGCGACGCCAACUUCCACCACAAGCCCAGAGUGCUCGAGUGAUACUCGUGCUUGGCGCCUUGCACAAGCUGCUGGCUUCUGUCUCUCUGCUCAAAUGCUCUCUGGGCGUACGCCUCGCGACGAUAAGAAACCACCAUGUCUCGUGCAGACUGUGCGGUGGUUGCCUCUUGCCAACCACGUUGGACAUGGCAGCGAGACAACAAAUCCGCAGCGUCAGGCUGUCAUUCUCCACGCCCUGGCGAAUCGCGUGGUGGGAUUCUUCUACAGGGAGCUGUGUUGGGCGCUUGCGCACAAUGCUACAUGCACUGGAAGCGUGGCUGGGCUUUCGCCGCCGCCAGCUACCUGUACAAUCCCCUUGCCCACGCUCUGUGAGCUACCCGCACCCUUUGCGUCAGAUGGACUUGAACAAUUUAGCACUUGCCAUCUCCGCACUAUGACUGAGCCCACAUUCUUUACCGAUGAUGAAUGGACGGGGUACAGCAGCCUAAACGUUGGAACACAGAUCCGAUUUGAUGGAGUUGGGGGCGACAACAGUGAUGUAACAAGCAAUCACUUAGACGAGUUCCCUAACAGCCACUUUCCCUUUCAAGUGGAGCGUGUCAUACGCUUCCAGUUGGUUCAAGAGUGGGAUAAUGGCAACAUGUACCUGCUGCAGUCUAACUAUUUCCACACGCAAGCUUCUCUCCAUGCGCUUCGAGUAACAGUGAAUAGAAUCACUGGACGCCUCAAGAUCGCGCGCAACAAUCUUUUCCACUCACACUGGCCAGUGCGCGAUGCGGUCAUCACACCAUUUGGGAUAGUGGAGGCAGUGCAUGUGCCGGGAUACUGGACGUGGUUGUGGAAAUGCAAAUGGUCUGAGACAAAUGCUUGA